CUUUCACUUCCCGUACAUGUCCCGUAAUGGCCACCUGCUGAGUCCAUCUGUCCUCACUCGCGGAAUAGGUCCAUUUUCUCCAACUGCCUGUCCUUCCCAGAGAUACUACAGAAUUGCCGUCAGGAGACCAGAGACCCACCCAGAACCCGCCAGCGCUGCCGGUAGCGCUAGUGGAACCUUUUUGCGCACUGAUCUCACCGAGGCGUGUUAUGCAGAUCCAGACUCCUGACGACGAGUCCGCCUCCCAAAUAGAUAGCGAAUUAUCUUCUGACGUUGACAACAACUGGAGCUUUCCGUCUCGCCGCCGCCAGGAUGCGGUGUAAAUCCAAUCUUCAUGACCCAGCAGUAGGGCUUCAAAUGUGAUGGAGUAUUUAGAUGUGGCGGAAGCGAACCGAUGCGCUUUAUUGGACAGUGACUUUCCCAGCACGCCCAACGCGGGGUCAUUGAGUGCGCUGCUCACGGCCGGUAACUCUUCUCCGCGAUGCAGACGCCAUAGACGGAUAUACUUGUCUUGACUGGCCGAUGCGAGUAUGCCGUGGUGCCAAAGUGAUGGACUGAACGAGCUCAACAUCAAUAGUGGAAAAGUCCGCAUCAUGAACGAGCUUCCAGAUCUUUACUGUGCCAUCUGAAGCACCCGUCGCGAACGUAUCCUCUCCAUCCAGAGUGGCAAUCCGGGUAACGGGCCCCGAAUGAUGGCCCGCCAAAACUUUCACUGCUUCAAAUCGCGAUCCUGAAUCCCGGGUGCCACGCCAUAUACGUAUCGUGUGGUCUGCGGAACCACUGAUGAUGAUGGAUACGGCGCCUGAUGAAGUAAUUGGAAAGAACUUUACUGCAUUGACGACGUCUGUGUGUCCAUUCAGAAUCGUCUGCACACCUUUCAAAUCGUUGUCCU